AUGAAUGGUGAUCUGCCGUCUGAACUGCUGCUAAAGAUAUUCAUCGAGGUUCGCAACGCGUGCCCUGCCGGUUGGAAGAAGCGACCAUCAUGUUGGGCGUUGUCUCACGCGUGUAGGCGAUGGAGGAUGUUGGCAUUGGAUAGCAGCGUACUUUGGACGCAGCUGCCCCUUGAGAGCUCGAAAUGGGUCGAGGCCUGUUUAUCGAGAUCUCGCGACGGUAGCCUGGAGGUCAAGGCGGACCCCAUCAUGCCCGAGAGUCAUGCCGAGCGUGGAUCUUUGAGGUUGCUUUACCACGAGCUUCAUCGCAUCGAAUCAUUCGAAUUCGUGACGAAGAUCGACCACAAACAAUGGACGGAGCUGGUUAUGGAGGUUUUCGAUGGUCUUCACCUGCAUCCAGCGCCCAGAUUGCGCAAGCUGAAGAUCAGCAUCCUUGACGGUCAUGAUGUAACGAGAGGUCCUAUCUCACUAUCGGGCAUGUUCAAGUCACAGCAACUCCUGGCGCUAGAGUCCGCCAUCUUUGGCAACUGCAACUUGACCGCGCGAUGGUCAAAGACCAUGUUCCCCUCUACACUGCGGUCCCUCACGCUGUGCCAAUCAACGGCUUGGAAGAGUAGUGACGAGAUGGUGGAGUUCUUCCAGCUGGUCCCAAAUCUUCAGUCGUUGGACUUGAACGUCGUUCCUUCGGGCACGCAUGGCUUUCAUGCGUCCAGAUCGCCCAAGUAUUCACGGAGGGCCGCAUCGCUUCCUAAGCUCGAGACUUUCAGUCUCGCCAUACGAUUCGUGGAGCAGGUGGCAGCGCUCACGUACUUGUCCAUCCCUUUGACGGCAUCGCUGAGAGUGCGUGCGAUUGCGGGAGACAAGGAGCUGAUGAAGUCGGACGAUGCCGUGCUUACGGGCGCGAUCGACCAAGGCACCGAUGCCUACCGAGAGCACUUCGCUACUGCUGUUGCGGAUGGCCAUGGCUACACCCAGCUGAGGGCCAGUUCCACUGGCAUAGAGGCAUCAUCUCCGUAUCGUGGCGAGGCCCACCAGGACGGGCUGCCUCGGGCGCUGCAGACACUCGCCCCGCCCGAUCUGGGGCCUCUCGACCUCCACUUCAACCAUCCGAGGGCUAGUCCUCAUCUUCUGGGACGGGCGUACGGGAUGAUUCUGGAGCAGCCCGUCUUUGCGACCGUCAGAUCGUUACAGGUCAUUAGCGGACUGCCCCAGGAAGCGUGGACAUGUUUCGAGCGGUACACGGCCGUCGAGGAGCUCGAGCUCUCCCAGUCCGCUGGGAUCAGCGCCCUGCCGGGCUUUGUCGCUGCAAUCAACAGGCAGACAUUCCCACUAUUCCCGGCAUUGGGUACCCUGCGCAUCGUGGAAACGGCGAUAGUGCAGCCGGACGAGUUGCAGCCCGACUUUGAAGGGUCUGGGUCUAACGAACACGUUCAUGGCGAAGGCCGGUACGGGGCGGAUGCGAGGGGCUUUGUAGACGCCAUGAAGAUACUCGCUUCUUACGAGCACUUUGAGCGGCUGGUCUUUAGCGGAUGCACCAUGUCCUCGCAAACCUUACAAGCUGUGAAGGGUGUUCUCGGAGACGAGCGUGUCGAGGGCGACGUCUUGAGCGUCGAGGAGGUUCCGGGCACCGGAGAAGAUACAUAA